GGCUUACCAACGAGGUGUCUUGAGCCUUCUCCCUUAGGAGGCUAGUCUAUGUCCACGCUGCGAGGUGUGGAGAGAACUCGCUGUCCGUCCACCGAGAGGGAGAGAGCCUAGGAGACAGAUUUCUGUGUCAGGACAGUAAGGGGAUCUCAUCAGGACGUGGAGCCAUGCUGCUGAGAAUUUUGCCCCGAGCGGCUGCACUGCUCAUGCUGUGUGUUCAGCUCCUGCAUGCCUCUGUGCUGCCUACUGUAUCCUCCUACGAGUUCACUGCCUAUAGGAUGCAGCAGUAUGCCAUUCAGCAGGAAAAACAUGGUUGUCGCGGUGCCAUCGUGCAGGCGGAGGCCCGCUCAGCAGACGAACCAGUGUUAACACGACGCUGUGUCAUCAUGAAGCUGCCGGACUUCACCGUGGAGCGAUACUUUGAGGCUCUGAGGCAGAGUGCUGCCGCUGUACUCCUCCUGCUACCCAAAAACAUGUCCGCUGUCCCCCAGGAUAUCAUACAGACCUUCAUGGUGAGUGAGAGCGAAGCGUUGUUAAAGGAUACCAUCAUGCCUGUGUACGUGACCCCGGAGGACGAGCAGCUCCUUUAUAUGUACGAAGAGGUCAAGCACGCCGCAGCCUCUCGCACCUCCUCUAUACUGGUCCGAGUGUUCCGUAGUAUGGUCACAGCCACCGUAUUUCAGAUUCUAGUGAGCAACACCAACCCCAUCAAGCCCAUCACUGACAGUACAAUCAUUACUCUGGAGGGUGUACUUCCUGGUGCUGGAGAGGAUGCGCCCACCAUCGUUAUCACGGCCCAUUACGACUCCUACGGCCUUACUCCAUGGCUGUCAUAUGGAGCAGACUCCAACGGUAGCGGAGUCAUCAUCUUGCUUGAGCUGGUCCGUCUUUUCCAGAAACUUUAUAGCAACCCCCACAGCCAGCCUGCAUACCAUCUUCUUUUCUCCCUGACUGGCAGUGGAAAGUAUAACUUCCUGGGUACCAAGAGGUUUAUAGAGGAGAAUAUGGAUCAUGCCGAGACCAGCCUUCUCCAUGACAAUGUGGCGUUUGUUCUGUGUCUGGACACGCUGGCCAAUGGGGACGACAUGUUCCUGCACGUGUCCCGCCCCCCCAAACCUGGCACCCCUCAGCAUGCCUUCGUACAACAUCUGGAGCAGGUAGUUUCUUCCCGGUUCCCUUGGGUGAGGUUUGGGAUGGUCCACAAGAAGAUCAACUUGGGGGAGUCCACUGUUUCCUGGGAGCACGAGCGCUAUGCCAUGCGCAGGAUACCAGGCUUCACGCUGUCUCACCUGGAGGACCCCAAAUCUGAACUCAGAGGCUCCAUCCUGGACACUGUGUUGCAUGUGGACUUGAGGAAGAUGAAGCGCAAUGCCAUCGUUAUUGCAGAAUCGCUAGCUCGGUUUAUGUAUAAUCUCUCUGACAAGGGUUCCCCAAAAGACAUACAGGUCUUCAAGGGCCAAAUGGAGUUUCAGGACAGUCGCAUGUCUAGCCUGAUGUCCUUCCUGACGUCCAUCCCACGGGCAACACAGCUGGAUAAGGAUCCCAAACACACCAUACUGGUGAACACUCUGGAACAUGAGCUGAGGUACUAUCUGCACCAGGUCCACAGACACACCUUCCGCCAAGACAAGAGGGAUCCUGAACUGACCUUUUUUGACCAAAUGGAGCAACCAAUGAUGAUGUAUAGGAUUAAGCCAGCAGCCUUUGACCUCUUCCUUGGGGGCUGUAUAGCUGCUUACCUGGCGAUAGUCUACUAUGCCAUCGAGAAUUGUGGAUAUCUCUACACCAAACUGAAAGCAGCUGUGAAGUCCAAACAGAAGUAAGGUUGUGACCAAUGCUUUGAAGACCUGGAAGUCAGAGUUGUUUUUUUUAUAGGUCCAAUGGAAAAUGCUUUUGUGCAAGAACUGACACUGAAUAGGGAAUUGUGUAGGCCAUAUACUGCAUUUCUGUUUGAAACUAUCUCAACUGAACAAGCCCAUGGGACAUUGUUGAAAAGGUUAUUUAAAAAUAAUUGUGUCGUCCAUGUUAAUGGUGACAACAACAAAACAUGUCACCAAUUUGUAUGAAAUGCAUUUUGUUACUUUUACGGUUGUUUUAAAUCAACAGAAACCCUCUGAAUGACAUGAACUGUUUGUUUAAUUUUCAAAAGUUUAGCUUUUUCUAUUAAUAACAUUUCUAGCUAGAUUUGGAUUAUCGUAUAUAGAAAAACUCUCAGCCGGAGUCAUAUUUAAUUAUUUAAUGCAUCUUAUUUUUGUUUUUCUAAAGAGCAAUGAACUGCACGUUGCAUAACUUCAAGCCCCCGUCAUGCUAUGGGGCUGUGCACCCCCUAGCGUAUGUAGUUUUCGUAUGACACUGUUGUUGAAUAUCCUUGAAUGUCCUCUGUAGUUUUCGAUAAACUUGUGAUCACACCUCAGUGGUUGAGAUAAAGAGCGUUAGCAAAAUCUCUGUGCCAUUACUCUUGCUAAAUAACUAAAGCAAGUCAUUCAAGUGUAUCAAACUACCUUUCCAACGUGAAGGCCGUGCACUCGAGUUGUUUUACUUUCACAGGCUCGGCUACACUUAUUUGAAAGGACGUGCGAGCCUACAAAGAAGAACAACAAACUUCUAGACACGUGGAUCAGCCAGACACAGCAUCUUCUAGAAUGUCAGCUAAUGAUCAGUGCCAACAUGAGGGAGUGGAGAAGAAGACUACACUAGAGGAUCGAUUUAGCAGUAAUUGUAGGAUUGUAAUUUAGAUCAAUUAACUCCUGUUUACUUGCCUGAAAAGAUGCCCAUGUUGAGUUUAUUACAGUUGCUAAUAGCUAGGCUGUUUGCUGGGGAUAAAUGGGGGUUGGACGGAUACUGUGGGGUUUGCAAUAAGGCACAUUGUGUUAAAAAAUGUCUGUACCCCACUUAAAUAAUGUGGAACACUAGGCUAGACAGUGGGAGCAGCAAGGCAUUAGUGUGGUACUAAACUAAAUCUCCCUCCUUGCUUGGCAGGUAGUGGUGUAAAGUAACUAAGUAAAAAUAAGUGAGUAAUUUUUGUUGUCGGGGGGUGUGUAUCUGUCCUUUACUCAAGUGUAUAUAUAUUUUUGACAGCUUUGACUUUUACUAUAUUCAUAAAGAUAAUGUGCACUUUUUACUCCCAUUUUCCCUGACACCCAAAAGUACUUCUUACACUUCGAAUGCUCAGGCAGGACAUCAAAAUGGUACAAUUCACACUUAUCAAAGAGAACGCAUGGUCGUCACUACUGCCUCUGAUCUGGCGGACUCACUAAACGCAACUAAUAGCUUUGUAAAUUAUGUCUGAAUAUUGGAGUGUGCCCCUGGCUGUCUGUAGAUUUUUUUUUUUAAUUGGCCGGUCUUGUUUGCUUAAUGUAAAGAAUUUGAUGUAUAGGAUGUAAUUUAUACUUUUGAUACUUAAGUACAUUUUAAAACAGAUACUUUGAAUAUUUUACUCAAGUAGUAUUUUACUGGGUGGCUCACUGACUUGAGCCUUUAUUUUUAGGGAGUGGUUGAAAUGUAUGUAAUUGUUACCUGGAGGAAAUUGGGGGAUGGUCAUGCUUUUUCAAUUUCAGCCAGGGUUUAGUAUUAUUAUUAUUAUUAUUAUUAUUAUUUAUGCUCAGGGGAGGGUCAUGUCAUUUGUAAUCAAUUAAAUGUCCGUAUUUUUCAUCAUUUUGGAAUGUACAUAUUGAAUUAGACCAUAUGUAACUGGUUGACAACCCUGCUCUCUCAUUCUCCUCACUAAGGCCAGUAUUGGUGGGCAUUUCGCUUUUACCUUUCCAUUGGCUGUUCGAUCUGUCCAUAUUUGUGCUUGGCGUAUCAGGAAUGUGGGCGUGUAGAGAACCUAGCGACUCAAGUAGCGCGUGUAGUGAUGCCAUACAGUGGUAGAAAUGCGUUCAAUACAACUGGGAACUCUGAAAUUUCAGACUUCCAACUUCAGUGUGUUCAAGACAACUGGGAACUCGAGGAAACAAAUAAGGUCAUGUAAUUUGUAAUAGAUUUUUUGUGUGAUUAUUUUGUUGCUUAUUAUAUAUUGAUGUAUGCCCCUGAUCUCUGAUACAUUCAGCAGCAGUGCACGAUAGGCUAUAGGAAGUACAAGAUUGGAGAAGCACAGGGCAAAGUUAUAUAAGAAAAUGUAGUUCCAAAAUAGAUAGGCUAUGUAUAGUACAUUGACUGAAUGAAUAACAACAGUACAGUCCCUAGGAACAGUACAGACUGUGUGCUAGCAUUUAGUACAUCCGCCAGAGGGAGCCAAAGACUAAAUCUAAAAUCAGUCAUUGUUACACAACCUCGUCUCCAUACCAUUUCGACCUAAGCCUGGACUCUUGGAUAAUCCAUGAAGCAGUGCAUAUCUGCAGUCAGCAAUAGAUAUAUUUAUAUACCUGCAUCUGAAGUCUAGAUCAGUUGCCAACCGUAUUGUAAGUUCAUAAACUAGCAGACACAGUGUCCCAAUACUAUUACAUGAUCUUCCUUGAUAAAUACAUUUUUCCAAGUGAUGUUUGGGAGGAUGAGUGGAAAUGGCUGUAUGGGUUAAGUCGGAGCCUUACAUGGCAAAUUGGCACUCUUUCCUUACAAUCCAUCUAGGAAAAAAUGUUUUUGAGUACAGUAUGACAAGCAUUUAAUUUGUAAGUCGCUCUGGAUAAGAGCGUCUGCUAAAUGACUUAAAUGUAAAUGUAAUGUAUUGAUACCAGUUGCACGUUCUCUCUUAAAAUAGUCCUAUUUUUUCACUUUUGAAACUGUACAUAACCUCAAAUGUAAUAAAAUGGGGAUUAUGUCAAAGUUGGGGGCAUAUUAAGUUCAAACACAGUGUAGUUUGAGAGUAAUGUUCCCUCGAGUUUGAUUACAAUAUUUAAUUUUCAGAUGGGGAGCAACAAGAAGUUGACAUACUUAUUAGCAUUCUUGCAAAUAACAAGAAAUCCUUCAUGUUAUAUGGGGCUUUAUGUUGGCUCGAUAUCCAUGGUUUUGGAUUGCUAUCGUGAAUGUUAUUUUGAGAUUUACAGUUCAAGGAUAGUUAAUUAGCGUGAUUUCCAUGGCGCUGGUCCGCACAGGAAGUGUGGGAGAGGGACAGAACGAGGACAGCGAACAGUUGGCCUUAAAACUCUCCCAGUAGACUAUCGAAGUCAGUGAGAAAAUCCCCCGAAUAUAUGUAUGGAUUAUAAUAUUUGCAUGUCUUACGUUUUAAAAAUAAAAGAUAUAAACAAAAUGAAUGAACAAAAAUAAUAAUUGCCCUGAAACAAGAGCCCCAAAGUACACCUUUCUUAUGAUCUGGAGAUCACCCCUCCCUUACAAGUUAUCCUUGUUUACAACCAGUCUGCACUCCUGGACAAACUAGCCAAAACAUUAGGAGAGGAAGUUCACCUUUUAGAGGCUGAGGAGCAUGAUCAUUACUCAUCUUUCUUGUCUUAAACUUUAUUACCCUGCAUUUUUCUGUGUUUAAUCUUAUUCUUUCCGUUGUGUCCUGCCACAGCUUGCUCCUCUGCUGGCUGCCAACUUUCCGUAAUUAUCUCUCGCUCGCUCUCUCGCUCUCUCUCGC